UUACAAGCAGACAGAAAUUAUGGCCUGGUUUCAGACAAUUCCAGAGUCUGAUCAGAGCAUCUCUGAUGAGGAAGAACCGGACCGAAAUCGUGAAAACAAAUGCCACGCGCUCGGUGUAACCACACAGAAAAAGGAAUUAUUUCAAAUUUCAUCACGGCUAGAAAUGCUCAAAGGUGCGGGUGCGGAUGUGAAUACAAAUGUGAAGGCCUGCAAUUUGGAAGAUGAAGUUAGCUCUGAUGACGAGGCGAACAAUGUGGUGUCAAAUGUUUCUGUUAAUGGUGGUGCUAAAGAGUUACGAAAAGUGGAUGUUCAUAGCUUUUGGGGCGGUAAACAAGAUGAAUUAUACUCAUGGUCAGCUGCGAAUAAAGAGGCUGAGGCACUCAUCCGUCUGAAUGAGAGAACUUCUUGCUCUUCGUCACUUUCUGGCUACUCCAACGUGAAAAAAUCGUCCAAAGGAGCCAAAGGCAAAGGAAAACCAAAAUUUUCGUUCCGUUUUCCGGCACACAAGGAAGGAACCUCAUCCCUUUCUAUAUAUAAGAAUGACAGUGAUGUGUCACUCAAGGUUCAAGAACUGCCUGAAAGGUUGGAUGCAAUUGAGUCUAGAAAUGAAGAUCAUUCAGAUGUGGAACUUAUUGAGGAUAUUCUGGGGGAAGAGGAAGCCGAGAUUGUGCUUAGAAAUGAAGAACAUUCAAAUGUUGAAUUUCAUGAGGAUAUUUCUGUGGAUGAGGAAGGUGCGUUAGACAUUGUGCCUAUUGACGCCAAGGCUAUUGGGCAUGGAUGUAUGGGGCAAUCAAUGGCUGAGCUUCUAGAUGGCCUUCAAGAUAAGACAACUAUUCUGAGAGGACAUUCUAGAAAGUAUGCUAGAAAACGACGUAAAAGGGAGCAGCCUGUUGUAAAGUGUCUAUCUCCUCUGAGAGAUGGAACUAUUGACAGUGAAAGCUCUCCCGAGCACUUGGGUCAUGGAUUGUCUAGUGAUAUCAAGAUUGAUGAUCAAAGUUUGGAGCUUGCUAUUCCAGAGAUGAAGAGGCAGACAUUGGUAGAUCGAUUUCAGGAAGCUAUCAAUGACCGAGUCAUUGUUGCAGUGCCCAAAACUUUGAAGAACGGAUUAUUUGGGAAACUGCAGCAUGUGGUACAGAGUGAGAGAGAUAGCGAUAUGGAAUUCUUGAAGAAGAUCCAGGAGGGAGCUAGUGAAACUAACGAACCAAACUGCAUGGAUGUGAAAAUUCUUUCGAAGUAUCUGGAUGCAAAGCUUACCGUGUGUCACUGCUCCUUUGGCAAGAACUCAAAGAAUCUCCCAUGUCCAGAUAUCAGCGAAGAAAUGGUUGAUGAAGGACCGGAAAAGAGCAUAAUUUUCAAUCCACGAGUUUGCAAUGAUAUUGACCUUGAUAUUGGGAAAUGGAUUCGUAUACACCCUCCAUGGAAGGAGAUUUGUGUGGCUACUGGUCAAAACAUAAUCCUGUCGACAUAUUUCUCUGAAAUUGUAAUGUGAAGGUCGUGUUUAUCUUGGACCUUAUUUGUCACGAUGCAUUGCUCAACUCCUGCCAGUCCAAUAGAUAUGGAAACGAGCAGGCCUUACAAAGUGGUGCGGGAGGGAUACCUUCUGCCCGAACAGUGUCAUGGCCAUCCAAAGUGGUGCCGCCAGAAGCAGAAUAAAUUUGGUUUUGUCAUGAAUGCUGCUCUUGCCUCCUGCUGGAAGAGUGCUAGGCGGGUGAGAUGUCUGAUGCAGUGAAGCCAGAUUCAAGGCAUCUCCUUUUGGCAACAGAAGAAUGAUUGUUUGAAAAUUGCGUGGUUCCGCAUAGACCCCGGUGUGAAUGCGAUGCUGCAUCACAGUCAGUUAUAUGGUCUACAUGUUAACCUCUAGAUGCAGACGUCUGAAAAUAAUUGCUUUUUUCUGAUAAACUAGAUCCCACAUUUCCACUCUU